AUGGAGAACUGUGCUUCCGUGUGGUUGCCGCGUAUCCUCCGAGAACACCUCAGCGGCCCUGCAGCUUUGAGGGCUCUGCGCAGCUGUCGGAGCCUCAAUCAGCUGUGGCCUCGGUGCCUCCAGGCGGGUGAGGGUUUUUGGAUCCUUGAGCAACUGCAGAGGGUCGCUUUGGGACAGCUCCUUGCACGAGAUGAGGAUCUGUUCAACUGCUUCUUGUGGGCCAGAGAAGACAUGAAGAGCCGCAGGAUACUCUACCAGACAUUCGGGGACACAAUUGAGAUUCGCACAGGUGUGCCGCCAGAGCAAGACGAGCACACGACGAAGCUUGUGGUACGCAGCUUGUCGGAGACCUUUCAGGCCAUGAAGGGCGAUGAGAGUUUAGAGUUGAUGACGCGAGUUCUUGCCUUUCCCAAGAAGAUGUCCGAGCGGCUGCCAGAACUUUUUGCCGGGACUUUGAAGAUCGUCGGCGAGGAGUCACCAGCUCUCAGGGCCAUGGGCCUUGAAAACUGGGAAGUGUCCAAGCACACCCAGAACAAUGAAAAGCCCAACAACCGUUGGACCUCCUUCUGUUUCCAUCGGCCGCAGCCGAAGAUCCCAUUGGGGAUCUUCCAUUUGCACGGGGAGUUUGACCUGCCCGGAGGGGAUGGCGCUGCGGAGCUGACCCUGGCUUACGUAAGCACUGACCUCGACUUUGUGGUGGCAUCACGGGAUUAUUGCGAGUAUCCCAUCUACAGGCACUUGGCUACCAAAGUGUCCUCGAGCUGGGAGGAAGCAGAAGCCCUGCUAAGAGCCGGUUUCUGUAGCCAUGGCGCCAAGCUGCCGAGUCUCAGCAAGGAAGGCACAGAGAUGGAGGAGAUAUUUGCAAAAAUCCACACGCCCGAUGGGUGGGAGGUCGAAAAAUCCACAAUGUAUCUGGGUGAUGAUCGCUGCGUUAUGGGCUGCCCGCGCCUUGAGGCCGUUUAUCAGGAUGCCAAGCAGUUGGCCGCAGAGUAG